AAGAGUAACAUUUCCCGCGAAAACCCAAAAAUCUCGUGCCUCGUUGGCAAUCCUCGUGAGCAUUUACUCUACCAAUCAAAUUUCUCCAUACUCUGCUAUAUAAACCACCGAACUCACUUUUCUUCAAACGCUCCAUUGAGUUCUAAGCCUCUGCUUUUAACGAUUCCAGUUUCAUCUCUAGAUUCAGUACAACAGCGAAAUUUAGGGUUAGGGAUUUUGAAGAUGAGUUCCAUGGGAGGAUCAACGAAAGGAGGGAGAGGUAAGCCCAAGGCAUCGAAGUCGGUGUCGAGGUCGCAGAAGGCUGGUCUUCAGUUUCCGGUGGGGAGGAUCGCCAGGUUCUUGAAAGCUGGGAAAUAUGCCGAUCGUGUCGGUGCUGGUGCUCCCGUCUAUCUCUCUGCCGUGCUUGAGUACCUCGCCGCUGAGGUUCUAGAGCUUGCUGGAAACGCUGCGAGAGAUAACAAAAAGAAUCGAAUAGUUCCAAGACACAUCCAAUUAGCAGUGAGGAACGACGAAGAAUUAAGCAAGCUUUUGGGUUCGGUUACUAUUGCAAAUGGAGGUGUUUUGCCUAACAUUCACCAGACGCUACUCCCCAAGAAAAUGGGAAAGGGCAAGGGUGAUAUUGGAUCAGCUUCUCAGGAGUUUUAGGCCUUUUCUUACUCUUUGUUUUGUUGGGGCUUUGUCAAAACAGUCGUAUAAUACCGGAUGUUUAGUUUUAGGGUUUUUUUUUUCUUAAAUUUUGGGCUUUGAACUCCUUGUGUUUAUAUUUUGAGCAAAGCAGAUAUAUAUCAAGCUAGUUAUGUUAACUUUACCUUCUUUUGUUCCUAUUCUAUCACAUUGAUUUGGGAAUUUAAUCUGUUUUGGUUUGCCCACAAGUUUGUGGUACAAGAAUUGAUUGAUGUAUCAGAAACCAGAAUUUUCUAAAAAUUUCCUUCUCGAUUUGAGCAAGAAUGGACCAAUGUUGGAUUUUGCUGGCUUGCUCAGAUGUUAAGGCAGAACUAGAUUGUGCAUGUAAGUACAGAAGAAAGCAUCAAGUUGCUUGAUGAAAAUUCUAGUUACAUUACCAAACUUCCAUACAAUUGCGUGGGGCAGUAGGUUGAGGGAAUUGCUUCAUGUGCUAAAGCUCUCUAUAGUUGCCCAGGUGACCAGGUCCCUUGCCCUAAGGAUAGCAGGUUGGGGGAUGCCAUCAUCAAGCUUGGGGGCUCAACAUAGCUACAAUGUUCUCUAUUUUAUCAACAUACCAUUUAGAUUCCUCGAUGCCAUUGCCUCGGCCAGUCUUGAUCUAGUUUCGUUUUGAUGGUGCAAGAUUGAAACAGUAUUCACUGCAGCCGAUCUAACUUGAUCAUCUGCUCGACUUUCUGUGUAACCCAACCAUCUAACUACUUUAUCCAGCUGCUUCCAUUGAAGUAAUGCGAAAUUAGCUCAUGGCAAAAUCAAACUAUAGUUAAGUGUUUUUGUUAGAAGCAGAUGAAGUUGCCGUCUCUUCCCAUCCGGUUGAAGAGUUGGAUUAUGGAGGCCGUAGAGUCGAGGUGGCGUUCAGCCGUGAAGUUCAUUUCCGAAUUACUGUGUCCGAUGGAUACGGCGUCGUUGGAUGAAGUGAAAUUUACUAAAAAGUACAUUAUCCCUUUUGGUAGUUGGUGUGUAAAGGAGAAACGGUGCGUUUUGAAAUAUCUUUCCUUUUAGUAAUUAUUUUA